AUGCUAAUACUUGGGAAAAUCACGAAGAACGAAGGCGUUUUCUGCGAAGCAGGAAUCGCGAUUGAAGUGAUUGCUAACGCCCUUUGUAUAAUUUCUCUUUUAACUGUAACUGCUGUUAGCCUUGAUAGAUAUUUGGCUCUUCGCCUUCAUCUCAGAUAUAAGGAACUCAUUACAAUCAAACGUGCAAUCGUCGUUUUAGUAAUCAUCUGGAUUAUCGGGGCACACUCUGGUACACUGUGGCUCUACAAACCUAACCUAGUAAAUUGGAAUGUUAUCGUAAUAAUUCAACUUUGCCUUAUGGCUGCAAUAGUUUCUUAUUUUCAAAUUUAUCGCGCUGUCACGCGCGCUAUACACUCAGAAUUGACCAUAAAAUGUUCUGUAGAUCAAAACUGCGAGGCAAUGAACAUGGCGAGAUUCAAAUCGCACACCCUCAGCACCUUUUUGGUCUAUUGUUUGAUUAUGCUGUGUUAUUUGCCGUAUUUCUGCGUCGUGGUCGUUAUAACAGUGACGGGACCAUCAGUUCCAAAACGGUUUGCUUAUGAUAUGACUGCAGUGGGGGUUUUCAUAAACUCCUCACUCAACCCGCUAGUGUACUGUUGGCGUUUAGGAGAUGUUCGUAAUGCAGUCAGAAAAACUGCAAAACUGAUGGUCCCCGCCAAAUUUAGGGGAGAAGAAACAACGAUGGCACCUUAGAAUUGUACCCACAUGAGUGAAUUGUUAUUUAUUCAAGUUGCGCAAUGAGAGCGAUCUAAGUCAGUUGGAAAGCAGAAAGUGAGAAGCACCAGGCUAUAAUUUUGUACUAUUUUGUGGAGAAGUUGCCAGAGCAAUAAAAAAAAAUUGACGUCGUUUCAGCGACAAGUUACCUGAGUUUCUCCUUAUGUCAUGGAAAACAAAAACCACAGCAGAAAAUGUGGUAAGUGGGAUGUACAAAAAUACGCUCGUGUUCCAAUUCAGAAUUAUCUCGAGUCGUUCAAGUUAUAGUUAUCAAUAUUAGCGCACACAGUGGACAUAUUUCGAUUACUUCAAGAUCAUGUUCCUGAUAUCUGUACACUCAUUUUUAUGCCAGAAGAAUGUUAGUUAACUGAACACAUUGUAGGCAAAGUCUUGCAUCAAAGAAAGAGUUUUUUAUUAUAGAGAUAGAAUAUGUAUUAUGAGUGCUUAAACAUAUAUGGAGGAACAAAGCAGGAGGGGUUUGCCAAAGAGCAGAGAAAUCUCAUCUGGUUAUUCAAAAACAAAAAUAUUAAACAAAAGAAGAAAAAAAAAGAAACAAGUAUAUAAUAAGAGCAUGAGUGAUUUUAAAAGUAACCGAGCGCUACUCGUGUCAGGUUUCACCUGUUUCUCAUUGGUCGGGAACAGUAACACUUUUAUUAAUGGUCAAUAUCCAGGCCGAGAUGAAGUGUUAGAUGGAACUUAGCCUGCUGAAAGGUAGUAUAAAAAUUAAAAUAGUAAUAAUAACAAUAAUAAUAAUAAUAAUGAUGAUGAUGAUGGUGAUGAUGGUAAUAGUGAUAAUAGUAGAGUGAAAAAACAGCCGGAUGUCACGCGAGAAUAUCUAUUAGUUAACUACGCAGAUUCGUAAUGUGUCUAUGUUUUGUUUACUUUGAUAUUCAAUUUCCCGAGCUUGUUCUGCUCGCACUUGAUGCAGCUACAUUUUUUUUAUGAAUAACAAUGUCCGAUAAGUAAAAAAGGUAGUGGUUUAGAAGGGAUACUACCAUUGUAACAAGAUCUAAAAAUUCAUAAUAAUUUUCAGAGUUAAAGAAGUUAUCAAAGGAAUUGCAAAACAAGUUUGAUUGACGGAGUAAACAUGCAUUGCUCAAUGAAGAAAUUAAAACUGAACUGAUAAAGAAAAUUUCCUUGGAAGCGAGCUUCUUUAGAAGAGAGAGUGAGGAACGUAUAUGGCAUUUCUAGAAUAAAAAUUAUUACUGAUGUAAAUAUAUGUAAUAAGUAAUUUACAUUUAAACUCAAUAAAUCGAUAUCUUAGCCGCAUCAUGGCGUGUUCGUGUGUUUUCGCGUUGUUCCUAAAUCAGUUCAUCCACUCUUAUAUUUUAAAGACAUUUGUAGUUACCUCGUCCUCGCCAUUUCAUAUGCUCUAGGACAUUUUAAAACGCUCCAAGACUUGGUUUGCAGAGAAAAAGAUGAAAUACGCUCCUCUUCAAAAAAAAUGGAUGCUGAAAUCUAAAAGUUGUUUCAAUGCAAACUGACUUUCAUAUUGAAAAAGACCUUGAUUGAUAAACUGAUAGGUAAACUGAAAACUGCGCGCGAAUACAAUAAAAAUUAUCCGAAGAACAAUGGCAGAGAAAGCAUUCUAUUUAAAGAAUUUUUUAUGGCUGGGAAUAGCUGUAGCAUACAAACCUGAUCAAACAAAGGCCUUUAGUUUUUCAAAAUUUAAAAUUGCAAUCACCCAGCUGAAACGAUAAGUGACAUAUAUUGAGAAUUAUCAUAUGAAGGGUUUCCAUUUGGAGGUAAGCAUAAUUUUUUUCGUGCGGUUUAAGAUUUCAAAGCAAUUUCAAUUUUCAAUCGCCAGUUCAGAGACAGAUCUGUUUAUAUAAGGUGUAAUUUCUCCGCCAUACAAGAGCGGAUGUCUGCUUCAGAUUAUUAGGCAGGAUAAUGCGAGUGUGCAUAUGACUUGCUCGAAUUUGAUUAAGGUUACUUCCCACCUUCGCGGAUGUCCUUCGAGAAAAAAUUCGUACGCGCAUUAAUUUUACUAAAAUCCAAGCAAACUAUACAUCAAAAGAAAGCUUAUUAAUUGUACUUUAUGAUGAAAAUAUAAUUUAAGCGACGUUUUAAAAAUUGUAAUUUUAGCAAUUUUUCCUUAAAGGAUAAGUCAAGAGCCGGUGAGGCGUGAAACGACGUACCAAGGGUUCUUCUAUUGAAGUUAUCGUGUAUCAGAUGCCGCAGCACAAGCUAAAUGGCUGCAUAGUCCUAUUCACAAGGCAUCAAUCAACAAAUUUUGUCGGGCUUUUUCGGCUUUCUGAUUGGUUGUCUAGAUAUCGGCAUCUAAAGUUGGAGUAGCUAAAAUUAUGCCGGGCGUGUUGCGUAAAUGGACACCACGGACAAAUAUUUUAAAUCAAAUUUCAAAUUUCCCCACACACUUCGUUUGUAAUUACUCCUAGAAUGUUUGACGAAAAUAGGUUAAAUCUAGAUACCCUAUAAAGUUGCUAAAAGUGGUUGUAUUCCUCCCAAAAUCAAAUGCGAGAUUUUAGCUCAUAAUGGUUCGCAAACAACUCGCACCGCGCCAGGAGAUUACCUCGCCUCCUGAAACUGCAAACCAAAGGGACAACAGUACCUCCUAGCAUCAAUGAUGGAGGAUCAAGAUUUCCCGGGAAAAGUAAUCCAUUGCAGACACGUUUUUUUUUUUAUCUCGAUCGCUGAGUGAAACUUUAAGGAGGAUGACAUAGUGGGCAAAGUUGCCAAAGGAAAAAUCCGCCGGCAAAAAUGGAAAAACCGGGGAGCGCGCUAAGGAGCAAGAAAAAGGAUCAACAGACAGCUUUCAAAAUUACGAUUUGUCGCAAGGCUGGUACUUGCGUAAAUGAAAGGAAACCUCGUUUUUAAAAUUAUGUAGGGCAAAUUUUGGUUUGACGGCGACUCCUUUGUUCGAAAUCUGGACGCCAGCGUGGAGCUCCGCCAGUACCAGUCGCUUUCACAAAGGAAAUGUUUUCUUUUCUUGACAGAAUGGUACUUUUCCUUUCUCCUCUGGGCUUGUUUUUUUUUUUUUUUUUUUUUUUUUUUUUUUUUUUUUUUUUUUUUUACCAAGGACUUUCUUCCCCUUUUAAUUUUUCCAUGAGCAAAUAUUUUCCAUGAGCAAAGAUUUUUUAAUUUCCAUGGGCAAAGAGCUUCUACGUGUGAAUUUUUUCGAAUAGGGAUGUAAACAAAAAAAAUUAAAAAACGAGUCCCAAGAUGAGCGGUUGCCGCGAAAUCUCCCCCCGGGAAUUCGCUCAGGUCCGAGAUUAUGACACCUUCCUGAUUUAUUAAAUUUUAUUUGAAACUACGUUUUUCUAAAUAACUUGGGUGCUUUUAAAGAUUUCAGAAAUUUUUUUAUGGAAACGUUCGGUCAAAAUGUUUGAAUUCAGUUUAGUCAAAUAAGAGAAAAAUCUGUUUUUUCGGCCUCUGACGGUAGGAAGUAACGUUAAGCUAGCCCAAACCCUCAUUAUUAAAUCACCCUCUAGUUUCGGAGAGGAGAUUUUUCAUGACAGUGAGGCUUAUGUUGGUUUUUGUGUAGGUCUUAACUUUUCCAAAAGAUCGCUAUUAGAUGAGAAAAAAAGAGUGUCACUUUGCAGGUGAAGGAAAGUGGCCUCGUUGCCAUGCAGCACAUUUAAAAUGGCGGCGUUCUUAGCGGAAUCUUCGCACCCUGAACAUGGUAAGUGCAUGUCAAAAUUUCAUCGAGACUUUUCAAUUAAACUGAAAGAUGAAAAUUAAUAGCUUCUGGAGAAUAAAUUUUAUCUAUUGGGUGAACACUUUUUGAUUAACCCUUUAAUUCACUUGAGUGACCAAGACAGAAUUUCUCCUAACAAUAUCAAUAAAAUAUCAACCAGAUAAGUGAUGAGAAUAAAGAAAAAUAGCAAUUUGGGGAUAAUUAGUUGAUCCAAUACUAGAUUCUCUGAACUAACAUUAUAAGAAUUGUAUGGUUGACAGUAAGGAGAAUAACAAAUUUGAUCUGCGAGUUAAAGGGUUAGGUAUAGAAAAAAAUCAGAACCAAAAUAAUCUCAAUGGCUGAUCAGAAAAAAAGGCAACUUAACGAUUGCAGAAUCAAAAACAGAACAGUUCGAAAUUCACCCACACAGAAUGUGCGUCUAUACCGUCCCCCGUUUGCCAACUAAACGACUCGAACAGGCUGUAAAACCUCUUUAGCAUUUAAAGCGUUGAGUGCCUCUUUGGUUCUUCACAAACUUAGGCAUCGCGUUUUAAGAGGAAUUUCUCCUUCGACAUGUAAAGUCUUUGUAAAGUAAAUUCAAUCCUCCCCCUACGUGAGCAGGGGUACUAGUACUGACUCUUAGUUAAUGAUAUUCUAAAUGAAACAGAAAUUUGUGACCUUCCCGAAGUUCGCACGAAGAGUAUUUUCGAUACAUUUGAACGAAACAGAGGCCAACCCGAGAAGCUUGAGAAAGGAGGAGGACAUCAUUGGGGAAAAAAGGGAGUGGGGGAGGGAGAGGGGUACGAUGAGGAGGGGGGUGGGGAGGGUGGGAAAAGAAAAUGCGGAGAACAGGAGAGAGAUGCAUAGAAUGCCAAUCCUCGUUCAUCAUCAGACCGGAGACAGGAUUUAAAGUCGGGUACGGUUGGAGGAAGAACUGGGUAGGGAAAGUGAGCGAUUUUAUAUUUAGUCCCCUAAUUUAUAGGGAGCAAAUUGUGCUGGUCCCAUAACAAUUUCAUUCCCGGGCUCUUAUUUGCACCUGUCUGGAAAUAGUAUUUAAAUAGUGAGCAGCUUGUUCUCUAUAUGAUAAUACAUUAAAAUGCAAGAUGUGCGAUAUAAUUUUCGUCACAUGUUCAUGACUACAGUCUUUUUAAUCAUUUUGGUCGAUAAUGACGUUAAGCAUAAGUCAAAACGUGAUUCUUUUACCAGAUAACUUCGAUUUUUCAGUUUCAAUUUAGAUAUCUCAUUGUUUAUAGAAUAGUGAAUUUCUGCCUUGCUUUUCUGUUUUGAAAGUCAUCCUGAAGCGCUAAAUCUAACCAAGGUACAUCAUACUCCAGUACUAAACUGCUUUUAGAGCUCGUUAUCGUUGUUUACUCAAAGAAACAUUUAAUCUAAUUCAAUUUAACGUUGGUAAGUAAACGACAAAUGGAAUCAAUUUUGUUAAUUACAAUUUUAAUUUUUUUCGAGGAGGCCGAAAAAAUACCUUCCAACUUGUAAGUCUCAUUGUAGUGAUGAUUGUCUGUAACCAUUUUGAAGUUUUUUCUUUAUAUUUCAAGUUUCCGAAGCUAAUUAAAAAUUUUCGUCUACAUCGUGCUUCGAAGGUGACACAUUUAUAGCAUAAUGAACGACUGUCGUUAGCUACACCUCCAUUACGAUUCUCUCUUUACGGAGACUGUCUUUAAGGAUAAAACUUGGUACAAACACAAUGCAUUUUUAACGUUACCUUUUAGUUGCAUAGUUACUGUAACAGAUAUAUGGAAAACGAACAACUGAAACCGCUAGCAAUUCGACUUAAGGCGAUGCGAUAAACAUCUGGCUUUAUUUUGUUUGCCAAUAUUGAGAUUAGCCAACAAUCGCUUUUGUGUUCUUUUAGAUAGUGAAUACCAGAUAAAAGCUCGCAUUGAAAUUAGCACACGUCCAUUCAGCAUCAGCGCUUAAUGAGAAGAGAAUUGACCCGUUGUUAACACAAGUUCUUUGACGGGCAACUUAAGAAGUAUGGAGCCAAAAAACCCAAGGGUUACAGACACCAAUACUUCGGAAAAAACGGAAAACAUCACCCAAGAUUACGAAACGUUUUCGUGCUAUCACUUCAGCGCUAUCGACUUCGAAAUUGCAGACAUCUAUCUUGGUUGGUGCAUACUAAUUUGUGUGUUAAACGCUCUCUUCUCCAUCACUGCUUGCCUCGCCAAUUUAUUGGUUCUUGUCGCCAUUCGAAGGACUCCCUCGCUUCAUUCUCCGUCCAACACACUCCUCUCUGGUCUCGCGCUGUCUGACCUUGGAGUCGGUGUGCUUGUUCAUCCUCUGUUUUUCUCGCAAAUGUUUGGCAAAGUGACCCAGAACAAAAACAUUUUCUGCGAAGCUGGAAUCACAGUAGAAGUUACGGCAAACGCUUUAUGCAUCAUUUCUCUUUUGACUGUAAUAGCCGUUAGCUUGGACAGGUAUUUGGCUCUUCGCCUUCACCUUAGAUACAAGGAACUUAUCACAAUCAAACGUGUAAUAUUCGUUUUGGUAAACAUCUGGAUUAUCGGGGCUUUCUCUGGUACAUUAUGGCUUUAUAAACCCGACAUGGUCAAAGGGAAUGCGAUCAUAAUAAUUUUGGUUUGUUUUUCAGCCGCUACGUUCUGUUAUUUUCAAAUUUAUCGCGUUGUUUCACGGCACUAUCAUCACGAGGUGGCGUUGAAAAGUUUCUUGGAACAGGGAAGGACCAGAGAACAGACAAUAAACAUGGCGAGUUUUACAUCUCAUGCGCUUAGUACGUUCUGGGUGUAUUGUUUUAUCAUUGUAUGCUACUUGCCAUAUUUGUGCGUUGUGGCUGCAAUAACUCAGAUUGGAUUAACGCUCGGAAUUCGGUUUGCGUAUGAUAUAACUGCCACACUGGUUUUUAUAAACUCUUCUCUCAAUCCUUUGGUUUAUUGUUGGCGUUUGCGAGAUAUCCGUAAGGCAGUGAGAAAAACUGCGAAACUAUUCGUCUGCGCAGACCUAAGAGAAAAUGGCGAUUGAAUAUGAGUGGGGUUAAAAGUCAAACAGUUUUUGAGGGUACCAAUUCAUUUAUUAUUUGUCGAUAAUUUAUUCUACUCAGAGAUGCUCGUUAGCACUCGUCUCUAGGCUGUCAAGUUUCAGUUGUAAUUGCGUCAUGGAAUAAAAAUAUGAACUUUCGUUCGUUUUUUUUCCUCAGAUCUGUCAAAUGCUAAAACUUCCUGCUUCCUGUGUUUUUUGUUUAAUUUUCUGAACCUUUAUAAAUAGAUUUUCAUUACGAACGGAUUUUAUCACUUCACCUUUACAUAUUCUGCAUUUUCAUUAAAGAAAAAACUUAUAACACCAUUUCGUUGGAUUCAUGUCUCAGUCUCUCAUGAUUGUUCCCUUUCCCGGGAUUAACAGAUUGACAACUAGGUUGUUUUAACUAUUAUUUGCAUUAGGCUCAGUGAAUGUUGUGCCCGAGAUGAAGUCCAGGGAACUAUUCAAUAAUGUUUGCUAAACCUGAGGCGAAUAAUUGUUUGAGCAUAAUUACUCAAGUGCUUUCGAAUUCUGUUGAAAAUUCUGUCAAUGAAGAAAGCAUUCCGCAUAUUUUGUUACUAGCUAAGCAAGGAUUUUAACAGGUUUUUUCAUUUAAAUCUGCAAAAACUUCAUACGGUAACUUUCUUUUGAAAAAUAUUCCGCCAAACUCAGUGGCUGCACUUUGUAAUUGAAUUUUCUUUUAUUGCGUUCAUCACUCCCUCGCAAACAUUGACCAAACGUGAGGCAGCCACUUUGAAAUUUAGCGCCUCUACUAAACAUAUGAAAGAUGUGACGCAAUCCUCGACCAAUCAGAUCGCGCGCAUCUCUAUCAGCACCUGAGCAAUUAUCAGCAAUUACACUAUUAUAACAUAACGCGCGUGCUUGCCCUAUAUUAGUCCUUUUGAGCCGCUAUGAACAAAAUCCUUAUUAACGCACGCCCGUGCGUAAAUAAGAUGACGUGAGCAUUUUUUUUUUUACCUGGCUUCAGAGUUUCCGUCCUGUUAAGCUGCAGAGCAGUUUUCCUUCUCUUUGAAAUAUGGAAGAAACCAGCGAAGAACUGCCCAAUUUUUCUAUCGGCAUCGACCUUUUAGGUCCUGAUCCAACAGGCAACUAAAAUAAAGCCGAAAAAAACUCGCACGUUGCACGUUUCGCAAAUUUGUCGGAAGACCAGCUGCAGCAAAUUUUGGCCGAAAGACAGACAUUUACUGGGAACAAAAAAGUCACCAAUUGGUCAUUAACAACAUUUAGGUAAAAUUUCCAUUUUUACUGUCAUUAUUAAAUUUGUUCAACCUGGGGAAUAAAAUACACAGUCGUUAAUUGGGAAUUUACCAAAACCAAAACAAUCACAAUUGCACUCUAUCACAAUGAAAGGCUUCUUCGCGCAGAUUCUUGUUGUCGCUCUGUUAUAAAAGAAUUUGUUCAUGCUUUUAGCUGUGCGUAUAUCGAGUUAUGGAUGCACUUGGGAAGUUUGGAGAGCACUCGAAAGCUAGAGUUAAAGCUGCGCCUCGAGCUACUCUUACGCAUUUUUCGUGCUCUCCAAAUUUCCCGCGUGCAUCCAUAACUCGAUAUACGCACGCUAAGCAUGAACAAAUUCUUAAAUCCUAGAUAAUUUGGUUUUAUAACAUAGCGCGCGCGCGCAAAGCCUACCUAUUUCCGAAGGGCUGCCAUGGCAAAAAUACUUAUGUACUGCAUAGCCGUGCAUCCAUCACAUGACGGGUGCAAUUUCACCGUGAAGUUGCACCCGUCAAAUUGCACCCGUCCUUUUCAGCCGAAGGCUUCGGCUGAAAGUUUCCGUUGAGUUUAGCCGCGAGGUUUCAAAACUUUCAAGAUUUUCCCUGCUCUAUCCCGAUUGAGAUAAACCUUUUGGAGCUCAAAAUGAAAAUAAUACGUGCUAAAUUAUACUAGUUUCGAAAAACAACGAGCAUGUUGUUCUUUCAAGCGACGGAAUUAAUUUUGGAGUUGACGAUACUUCAUUCCCAAACAGGAUGCUAGUUUUCGUUAAAAACAAAACUAAGCUUUCCGACUUGAACUGAGGCUUUGUGACGUUAGGUUAUCUUCAUUAAACGGUAAAUAUUAUUUUUAUGUGUCGAUAUGUCCUAGAAGUGCUGUUCAAUGUUUCGAAAUCGUACAAUUUCCAGAAUUUUCAACACAAAGCUACGCUUCUAGUAAACAAUAAUUCAAGUAAGGUAACUCUUCCACUUGGGUCUCGUAAAUACUAGAAAUUUGCAAGUUUUUCGCUUCGUUUUUCGAACACUUAAUAUUAUUUUUAAGUGUUGAUAUUUCCUAAAAGUACACGUUCAAUAAUCGUAUAAUUUCGGAAUUUUAAAAGUCUUCAAUACCGGCCGUUAAUUCUAGUAAAUAACGAUUCAAGCAUGCUGAAUCUACUACGUGGUCUUGUACAUGCAAGAAACUCGUUCGUUUUUCGCCACUGAGCAGAAAAUUUACCACUCUUUUAACAAAGAUCCGGUCACAAAAUAUUUCUUGGUCGUUUUUGCCUGAUUCAACGGUUAAAAAAAAUAACACUCGCAGAUAUUUUGCGGGUUGCAAAGUAUUUUUCCGCCUCGUAGGGGUGAGGAAAAAUACUGAUAAUGAGUAAAAUGUUUAUAUAACGGAUUUAUGAUCCAUCAUACCAUCCACCAUUUUGGCGUCUUGUGUUCGAAAUACAUUCUACGGUCUAUCUUAGCAUAAAUAAAUCGAUCAAAUAUGACCUGCGUGAAAGACGAUAACAACGCAAGCAUAAAAAUUAAGUUUUUUUUUAAUGACUGGUAAAUAAAUAAAGAUUUGCGGGUUCAUUUUUUGCAACAUCUUAGCCAUUAUGCUUAUUUCUUUAAAAUUUCUCGUGCCUCCGACUCGACAAAGGCCCCUUCAGCAAGUAAGUGCGCAUGCAAAACCAACACAGAUUAUUUUUUUACCACUCUAAUCCUCGUUUUUAAGGACUGAUUUCCAGCUGACAAAGUCUUCAAGAUUAUAAUGACACCUACUAAUUAUCAAUUGUUGUUGAUUUUUUUCCACAAUUUCUUGUUGAUCCCUUGGACAAUGCGUUGAAUUUGAAACGAGAAUCCUGUUGUUCGUCCACUCGGCAGCUCUAUGCGCAUUGCGAACUGAAGAAGGCAAAUUAUACAAGUGUUUCUAAUCAAUUCUUGCCGGCACUUCUAAUUUUUAAAAACGUAAGAACUUUUUUCCUGAGUAGCAGAAUUUGAUAUCGCUCUUUAGUAAAACCAAUUCGAAGCGAGUCUAUAUGCGAGUCGUGAUUCGUCAUUAAGGAAAGAGAUUUCAAUCCUUUUUCACCUCGGGGAUUUUUUUAAUUAUGAAUCACUGUGCUUUGUCCUAGGCUCAUUCAAACAAUUUCUUUUUUUUAUUUAAACGUAAUCAUAGAAGCAAUUUUAAACUCCCAGUCAUUAGUCACGUACUUGUCAGGUAAAGCUGUUUUUGCUCAAUUUCCGUUUCCAGGCAAAAUGAAAGUCACCUCAUAAAGAUAGGAAAGAGCUUAAACUCAUCAGAUCAACUGCAAAGUUUGUUUUCUCACAAUUGACUGACAGAUGUAACGACAUAUAUUGCCGCAUUUGGAUCAUCUCCAAUUGACACCUCAAUACCCACAGCUGCCGUCAACAUUUUUCUUCUAAAUCUACUUUUAAAUCGAUGCAAAUACUCACUACUUUUCAGUAUCAUUGUUGUUUCUGUUCACCGGACAAGUGUUGCUGGAGAAGCUGUUGAAUUUCUUGUUCGACUUUUUCAUGCUUGGACCUCAGAUUAAAAGGGAUUUCUUGUUUCUUUGGACAUAAAGUUGAAACUAGCUCGUAUCCGGGCAAGGACCCAAAGACAUCAAAGCUCGAGUAUGGUUUUAAAGAUAGGA